AUGACUCCACCAUUUGGCUCACUGCAGAAUCCGCAAACGGCGGGCCAGCAGCCGCCGUCGCAGCAGCAACAACAGCAGCAACAGCAACCGAUCGGCAGGAGCCAAUCAGCCUUCAACUUCCUUUUGAGCAAGGCCAAGAUGCCCUUUUCGUCCUCUUCCAGCUCCUCGACGCUGAACACAUCCAAUUCACUCUCAUCACUGUCUGGACAGCACGACGACCCUUUCAUCGACAGCACAAAUCAUCUCCAGUACCACCGCCAGCUGCAGCAGCAGUAUCCCGCACCGCACGGUCCGUCCAUGGCGUCGCUCGGCCGGAGUUCGGCGGUUCCAGGCCCGGCAGCGACAUCCAGUGUCCCCCGCUCUUCCACCUCGGAGCAGCACGCGGGCAAGACGCCGACAACGGCGCAGGGAUCAUCGUUCGGCAGCCGGCCCAGCAUGUCCGACGAGACCGCGGUCUCGAGCCCCACUAAGCGAGGCUUCUUUGGCGGCAUGGGCCGGGAUCGCAAGGUAUCGAAUGCUUCUGCCGGAAAGCCGCCGCUAGCGUCCAAGAACGGCUAUGGCCACAGUCCGCUCGGACGCGGUCUGCGCCAGGACAGCGGUGGCUCGGCUUCGUUCGCACUUUACAGCAAGAGCCAGUCGGAUCUGCACGCAAGGGCCGAGUUCCCUUCGCCCACCAGCGGUACCACUGAGCUGCCAAAGAUGCCGCUCAUCUACGCUCAGAACACGCAGGGCGGCGACCGCGGUGGCCAGUACCUGCAGUCUCCUAGCCCGGCCAUCGGCUUCUCGAGAAGCGUCGACGAUCUCGGCUCCACCGACCAGCCUUCUUCGCCCUACCCCAUCACUCCGAACUCGCUCCAGGAGGGCCCUUAUCAUCAGAGCCCGACUGUGCCGCAGCACGGAGGCAAUUGGGGCGAGCAGGGUCUCGUGACGGGGGACGCCUGGCGACCGAGUGACAUGGGGACGCUCGCGUCGCCGUCUUCCUACUCGACCACCGGCGCCCAUCAUGCUCGGGAUGGACAAGCUCGGUCGGCGCCGGGUUCAGCCCGGUCUGACGCAGCCUUUCAACAUGUUCCGCUUUCGUCGGCACCGAGCCAUCAGGCCGGCGGACUGUGGCCGAUCAUGCCGCCGCCUGCACCGAGCAACGCGGCUGCUCAUGCGAUGGCGGCCCCAACUGGCAAAGCCGACAGCCGCAAGCACUCGCGCAAAGCGUCGAAGCUCAACAAUCUUGGCAGCGGCCGAGAAGCGGCGACUACUCACGGCAAGGGCGCUGUGGCUGGCACCCUCGCGGCGUCUCUAGGUCUGGCGAGCAUCGGCAGCGUCCCACCAGGCACAACGUCGCCCAACACCCGGCAGAAUUCGGAGCAUGCGGGCGAACCGGUGCCCCUGCCUCCGGGCGCCGUCUUUCAGGGCUUCCUCGGCAGGAACACGCACAUCAGCCUGUCGCUGCAGCAGCUCACCGAAACUGACGGCAGCAAAGGUCGUGAAAAGGAAAAGGACAUUUCCAAGGGAUGGAAGCCGUACCGCGUCGUCUUGCAAGAUGGUAAGCUCCACUUCUACAAGCCGCCGAGCAGCGUCUCGGACGAUGUCAAGGCGCUCUUUCCCACCACGGUGGCCUGGGGUGCUCACGACCGCAAUGGGUCCGGCCCGUCAAAGGCAUCCGGCUCUUCGUACGCGCGCGAGCUCGGCAUCGACGCCAACGGCCUCGUGAACAGCGGUCUUGGCAAAAACGAGCUGCUCCUGGCCACUUCGAGCAACAAAGAUGGCUCUUCGGCGCAGAGCUCGCCCUCGUUCGGCCCGCUCCGCUACAAGGGUCUCCCUGGUCGGCGGACGCCAGUGCGCGGCGACAGCUCGACGACGGUUGUCCUCACCGCAGAGCCAGAGCCCAUGGCGCCACCCACGGCGGUCCGGGUCAAUGCCAGCGACGCAUGGGCUGGCGCGGGUGCGCAUCCGGCGCUGUCGCUUGCAGAGGUAGCCCAAGCCCCGAAACGCUGGAUCGACCGCAUUCAGAGCGCUACCCUCGAUGCUCUGGCCGAUGAGUUCGUCCGAGCUACUCAGCUGCCAGAGUCUCUGCGCGAGGCGUCGGCGUCGGCCACGGCCGACGAGGUGCAAGCACAGACGGACGCCUUCGCCGUAACCGCACUUGUGUCUGCCGCCGCUAGCUCGCCCGAGGUCGGCCCCGCGUCCCUGCUGGGCGAGAUCUCGCGUUUGGCCGCAGCGCAGCUGGAGCGCCCCGAGGACAAUGUCUCGCGAUCGUUGCGGCAGAGGCUCAGCCGGUUGAUCCAGCUUUCGGUGGAACUCGGCGUGACGCGAUCCCGCCGUGUCUUCGAGGAUGCCGUAUCCCAGCUGCGAUCGCUCGCUCAGCGGCUGGAAGCUGAUGCCGAGACGAUCAAGGCGCUAGAGCCGACCCCGGCCGGUCAGGCGAGAGCUACGGUCAAGGACUGGCUCAACCCGGAUCCGUGUACACUCAACGGCACCAGGCCGGAACUUGAGCAGAUGUUCGCGGCGCGGGCCAUCACGGGCGACCUCCUGCUCAAACUGGACCCGCUCGAGGUGGCACAGCAGAUUCAGGCUUUCCAUGCGAAUCGCCUCGGCGCCCUGGUGGAGCCGAGCCAUGGUGCCACCGCCCUCGAUAUGAUCGAUCCGGAUCACCACGCCCUCGUAACCACGUUGAGCUUCGACUCGCAGUCUUCCCACUACCUCACGCGUUUGGUCCUCUCGCACCUCGUUGGAGGAGCCGACGCCGAGACGCAGGGUACCUCUGCGAUAUUCAACCAGUCCGGCGCACGCCACCGGGCGUCGCUGCUGCGACACUGGAUCGCCAUCGCCUCCUACCUCCUCUCCUUCGGCGACAUUCCUGGCUGGCUUGCCGUGGUCGUCGCUCUCUGUUCGCGUGCUGUCACGCGUCUCGAACAGACCUGGCGGUAUCUGGCGGAAGGCGACCGCCUGCUGGUGGCACGGGAAUGGGCGCCGCAGUUGGCCAAGGCCGCGUGGAUCGAGGGGAUCCACUCGCAGGUGCGUCCCAUCUUGCUGACAGAGGGGCAACAUGCGUUCGUCAAGGUCGAGCCGGGCAGAACGCUGCGGGUGCUGCCUUUCCUAGGCAACGCUCCAGCCCAUCUGCUCCGAAGAGACGUUCAGUCGGCCGAUGUUGGCCCCGCAUCCGAUCCGCCGCCGCAUGGGGACCGUCAAGAAGUCGCCGGCAAAGCACUCGAAAGCGAGGCCCUCCUCGCUCUGGCUCGGGACUGGCGAUCGACCUGGCAACUCGACGAUGCGCCGAUCCCUAUCGCUGCCGUUGCGGAUCCCAUCGUCGAGUACCAACUCUGCCUUCAGCUCGCUGCGCAAGCGACGGGCUCGGUCAUGGACGUGUCCAGCCUGAUGGCGCGUUCCUAUCGCCUCGAGCCCAAGGCGCUCGGCAACCUCCAGAUCCCCGGCCCCGCUGCCGUGGCCGCCCGCGCCGCGACUGCUCACCUCUCUCAGGUGCCACUGCUAUUUCCCAUGCCGCUUCCGCAUCUCAGCCUGCUCGACGUCGGCAAGAUCCAAGAGGUAGCGACAGGCGCCGAUCGCAAGGCCAAGCAAAUCAGCGACCCGUACGCUACCAUCACGGCGAGGACGCUGGGCCGCCCCGGCAUCAACGCUUCGCCGUUCGUGCGUUCGUCUGCCUUCUCCCCGACAUUGCCGUUCCGUGGCAGUAGAUCCGCCAUCUUUGGCGGCAUCUACGAGUGGAACCCGACUGGAGGGCCUUCCGCUGUGGGUGAGGACAGUGCUGGCCUCUUCCGCAUCGGCAAUGAGCUCGUCCUCAAGCCGAUCCAGGAACCUAGCCUGUCGGUCCCGUCGUCGCCGAUGGCGGCCAAGCGUUUCUCCCAAGAUUUCGGGAGAUCCUCGCGCCCGCUCUCGCAGGUCUCGAAGCGUUCCAGCCUGCCCGCUUCGAACCGCAGCUCGGUCAUCGAGGUGGUCGUCCCUGUCCAGGUGGUCGUCAAGGCGGCGACGCUCGAGCGGAUGAUCGACGUGCUGGUCAUGGGCGUGCAGCACAUCAACGUCAAGGGUCCAGACGAGAAUGCCGUCGAGGGUGCCGCGCCUCGCCGAACCAGGCUGAGCUUGGACCUCGAGUCGUACCGGUCGACGUUCCUCGCAACCUACCGCAGCCUCUGCAGCCCUCGCGAGCUGUUCGAACAGCUGCAGAAGCGAUUCGCCACCGCCAUCAAUGCCAGCAAGGAGAUGGCACUGCUCGACACCUACCAGAUCUCGAGCCAGUUCCCGAGCUGGGUGAUGGUCAACCCGGCCGGCAGCCACGUCGAGCCCAUCGACUGGGAGGUCGUCUCCCGCAUCCGGAUGGGCGUGGUCCUGACGCUGCGUGUCUGGAUCGACCGCUUCCCCCAGGACUUUGCCGACGACGACGCGCUCUACCAGCUGGUCCACGCAUUUCUCCGUCAUCCAGGCAUGGAGCCGCUGGCCGAGGACCCGGAUCAGGCGAGGCUCUCGCUCGCCAUCGCUCAGAUCAACGGCAUGUUCGUGCAAAGCAUCAUGAGCGCCAAUGCUCGCGGCGAGGAACGAAGCUACGCCCUCGCCACGCCGGUCUACGCCUCCGGGUCGAUCGAUGCCGUCGACGUCGACUUUGACGCCAUCGGCUGCGAGGAGCUCGUCGACUUUCUCGAGUCGAUCGCCACAGUCUUCUUCGACAAGAUCGUCGAGCGCGACCUGCUCGUGGUCGCCGAGCUGUUCGAGCGGCAGGCGCUGCAGCCGACGGGAUGGUACGCAGCUCGCCACAGCGAUUCCCAGCCAGGCGACGACGACAAGCCGAUCAACAGCAUGUACUCGCUCCUCGACGUGCUCAGGACGCCCGGCUCCAGCGGCAGAGAACCGACGCUUCAGCAACGUCUGCCGGCCGCCGUCCGCGACGCUCUGGCGGCGCAGAGUCUGUUGCGCGGCUGGGUGGCGAUUCACAUUAUCGAACGCGGGCUCGGUGUCGAGAAACGCCAGGCUCGGCUGGAAAAGCUGCUCGACGCCGUCUGGAUCUGCAGAGCACGGAUGGCCCGACUGCGCGCUGGCGACGACUGUGGCGGCGGCAGCGGCAUCACGCUAUCCCAGGAAAGCUCGAUGCCCUUCCGCGAAGCGACGAUCGGUUCCUUCAUUGAGAGCGCCAUCCUCGGCAGCCUUACGUCAUCCGAGAGCCGCAUCUUCCUCCGUGCCUGGCAGGGCGUCGCGCUGGGCAGGAGCGGCACAGGCGACAGCCUGGCCGACCUUUUCCCGCUCGAUGUCACGCCUCCAAUGCGCGUCGCCUCAUCCGGUGCCAGCACGCCGGAUGUUGGCUGGAUACUCGGCUGCCUCGCAGAGGCGGCCACCCGAGCCUCGGCGCCGUCGGACGCUGCCGAUGUCGGGCUGAUCGACUUUGAGCAGCGUAGAACGGUGUGGAGCCUGAUCGAGGGCGCCGUCCGCGUGAGGCCGCCGUGCAACAGCCCAGCCUUGAUCGAUCUCGCGGGUGCACGGCUCAAGGCGAUGCAGACAGCGCUCAGUCACGUCACCUGGGAUCGCCGCGCUUUCCGCGAAGAUGCCGCGAGGGAGGCGAGCCAAGCGACCCCGAUCAGCCCGCACGCCAACAUUCGCCAGAGCAGCUCGGGCAAAGCGUUGGCUGGCCUCUCGCGACAACAGCAGGAGAAGAUGCGCCGCGACCGGAGCGCGCUGGCCUCCCUCGAAGCGACGUUGGCCACUGGCCCUUCGAUCUCUUCCCGCCUCUCGAGUAUGCCAGCGUCGGGCGAUCGCAGCUCGGGUCGCGCGUCGAGCCCAAUCGUGGUCGGCGCUUUCAGUGGCGUCGCCGGCACCGCUGCUCCGAACGCUGCGGCCCCAGCGGCGGCGGACAAAACGACCAUCCGCGCGAGGCGGAUGACGGCUCUGUUCGGCCGCGCCGUUCGGCCGCUCAUCUCAGACAAGUCCGAUCCGCAGCCUGUCCGCACCGUCGACGAGUUGAUGCGCCUGACGCCCACGCAGAAGCCCUCCCUCGUUGCCGGCCUUGGAGGUGCACAGCUGGCGCCGUGGAACAACUCGCAGAGGCCCUUUGUGCUCCACCUGACGUCAGAGGAAGGAGCAAAGUACCUCCUCCAAGCUCCCAGCCAGGCCGAGAUGAGCCAGUGGUACACUCAGAUCAGCCGGAUCGCAAAGGAGCGGGCGCCCCGUCGGCCGACCGAGGCGCGAAAGGGCUUUGCCGGCAAGUCUGGUGCGCAAAGCCCCGCUGUGGCGCCACUCUACGGCGUUCCGCUUCCCGCCAUAGUCGACCGCGAGGGCAGCGCAGUGCCCAUGGCGGUCGAAAAGAUGUUUGCUGAGAUCGAGGCCCGCGGUCUCCGUGAGCAGGGAAUCUACCGGAUCUCUGGAGCCAAGAGUGCCAUUGAAGGCCUCCGCAACGCGCUCAACAAGCAGCCGCUCGAUUCGAUCGACCUGUCCAAUGGCGAGUACAGCGACGUUAAUACCAUCGCCGGCGCCAUCAAGCACUUCUUCCGCGACCUGCCCGAGCCCGUCAUCACGUUCGCAUCGUACGACGCCAUCAUUGCCGCCGAGCGCAUCGAGAACCACGACGAGCGGCUCAGCACCAUCCGUGAGAUCAUCUGGGCGCUGCCCAAAUGCCACUUUGACCUCCUCCGCCGCACCGCCGAGCACCUCGCCCGUGUCGUAGAUGAGGGCAAGUACAAUCUUAUGGCGCCGCACAACAUCGGGCUUGUCUUCGGCACCUCGCUGCUCAAUCCCCCGCCGGGACCGUCGAGCAUCGCGCUGUCGUUUGGUAACAUCGGCAAGGCCGCCCACAUCGUCAAGAUCAUCGUCACAAUGCACGAAUGGCUCUUCGAACCCGAGCCGGAACCCGAGGUCGACGUCGAGACCGGAUCCGGAGUCGAGCAAGAUGCAGCCACUGGGACCGCAGCGGUGGACACCUCAACAAGCCUUUUGUCGGCGGAGCCGAGCGCAGUCCGGGAGGGCGCGGGACCGACGGCGGUGGAUGAGGACGGCGACCCUGACUCUCUCGAUCGGCGUAAUCGACUGGGCGGAACCGACGUUACCGAUCCGCCGUCAGGCCGGAGCACGACUGCCGCGCAGAGAAGGCAUACCUACAUGUUGGGAGGCCUCGGGCUGGGCGCCGAUCAGCUGCAGCAGCUGCGGGGCAUUCCCGACCGCGAUACGUCAACGGUCGCGGCCAGCGGCGCAUCAAUGCAGCGCAGCUUCAGCAGCGAUAGCGAGCCUCUCACACCGCUGGAAAGGUUCGAUGGCCUGUCCCCGGUGUCGAGCUCGCAGCCGAUGGCCCGCAAGCUGUCUUCCCCAGCCUCGCCGCUGCCCUCGGUCCCCGACGAGGAUGCAUCCGCCGAGGGACUGCCCGACAUCUUGCUGACGUCGACUGAGCGAAACGGAGAUCCAUGCAUUCCUGCAGAACCGCAAGCUGCCGACUCCGAUGAUCGCCGGCACAAUGACGACGAUGCCGCGGGCAGCGACGAACGGGAGCGCGACGACGAAAGCGCCAACGACGACACUGCUUCUGCGAUCGCGCAAACUGGAGCAGCGCAGUCGCCGCCACCGGAUGCAGCCGGCGCCCUCCUCGAGGUAAAUGCCGCGAACCAGCCACGUCCGCGCGCCAAGCGGAUGCGCGACGGCUACCGGGAUAGCGUGUUUUCGAGCUACUCGCUCUACGCCGACUGUUUCGACAACCUAAGCCUCGCUGCUGCACCGACAGCAGCGGGCGCACAGGCCGUCAUGUCUGGCAAGUCGAACAACGACACUGACAGCAACGUCGGUGAGGACUUCGACUAG